AUGACCAAAGACGAGAGAUACGGUGAGGAAUAUGGUUAUGACAAGAUGGCUACUUUAGAGCUUGGGGUGCAAGAAGGUGGAAAGUACAAUACAGAUCCGCACUCAUCCGAUGGUGUACACCCAUGCGUGAAGUAUAAAACCUGGAUUUUCUCUCUGCUGAUUGGGAGUUGUCUUCUUGCUACAUCCGGAUUUUCACUUUACCUAGGAAAUCUAUUCCCUUCAGAAAUGGACUAUUUGAGAUGUGCAGCAGGGUCUUGUCUACCUGCGGCUGUUGUAAAUUUUGCAGUGCUGAGGAAUAAGGAUAAUGUUAUCUCGCAUUAUCAGAUUUUAUUUGUAUCCACUUUUUCAAUCACUACAACCUGUCUUAUAUGGUUUGGAUGUAAACUUGCAAUUAAUCCAACAGCAAUAAAUAUAAAUUUCAAUGUGAUUCUUCUUAUUCUCAUGGAAAUUUUUAUGGCAACAACAGUGAUUGUUUCUGCACGAUCGAGUGUAGACUGUUGCCUGGUUACAGGAGGUACUGCCUGCGGAAGUUCAAGCAGUCUACGCAAUGUCCAGUUUCCUAUUCGAACAAUUAAGUCCUACUCUAUCGUUGAAAUGGUUGUUGGGAUUUCUGCUGUGUUUGGAGGGGUUAUUGCAUUACACAUUGAUGCCUUAAUGUAUAGUCCUUACUUAUAUAUUUCAAUUUUUUGGGUACUAGCAGCUUGUUUUCCUAGUGCUAUCGCCAGUCAUGUUGCAGCAGAGUAUCCAAGCAAUUGUUUGGUGGAAGUUCUGAUUGCUAUUAGCAGUGUUACAUCGCCGGUAUUAUUUACUACAUCCGCCUAUCUAUCUGUUAAUGUUGGGAGGACUAUUGAUUUUCUUAAAACCUACCCACUUGCUGUCGAGCAUUUUCAUGAGGUCUUGCUCCUACUCCUGAUGCUGAUCCUGCUGAUACAAGCUGUGCUCACAAAUGUCACCAUCAUCCAAUGUGUACAUUACAAAUCUCAAACAAGAUUACGGGAUUCAUUGUGGAAUGUGUCAAAUUUAGAUAAGUCUGAUUACAGGAGUAAUGAAGUUUCCAGCAAUUCCCUGAGAGACUUUGACAAAGAAAAGGCAUGGAAAACUGUUAUGGUACAAAUGAGCCAGUAGCCUUGUCUGUGCCCCUGAUUCUGAGGCGUU